CUUCCGGUGCGAAUGUCUGCUUAGAGAGAAACCAGAGAAAGGAUUAGCAGAACAUCAAUCCCGGGAAGACAUCGCUUUGAAGUAUUGACGGCCAAAGGGCUUCGGAACUGGUUCUGAACAGGAAACAAACGUCUGCUUGGCUAACUUGUUAUUUUACCCAGUUGGAGCUCUAGGUAUGAAUUGAGGAUGAAUGUGAACCAGCAGCCUCCCAUGGCAUCUCCGUACGGCCAGCCCCAGCCUGGCUAUGGCCAACCUAGCUACGCUCCCUUGGGAGGCGGCUACCCCGGCCCCUACGGACCCUACAGCGGCCCUGCUACAGCCUACCAGCCUGGGGCUCCACAAGGUUAUUCUACCUAUGCCAGCUUUCCCUCUAAGGCUGUGGCAGCUAACCCAGUCUCUGACCUGCCCUCUCCUCUUGACUUGGGAUCUGCCAGGGGCCCCACUCCAGUCUCCACCAACCAGGCCUACUCCCAGUAUGCCCAGGGAGACAUUCAGAACGGACCCCCACCUAUGGAUCACUCUAUGGCUCAGCCAGCUCACAGGCCUCCAGUGUCUCAGCCGUAUAGCCAAGGUGCUAUGAACUUGUCGGGGCCACACCCUUCUUACCCCCAGCAGUACCAGGCACAGCCCUCCAUGCAACAGAUGACCAAUCAGAUGUCAGGGAUGCAGGUCGGGUCAGGCCCCCUCACCUCUACUGGGCCGGGAUAUGCUCCACCUCCCAGCUCCAAGCCUCCAAUCAGUGCUGCCUACUCCGCUGCAGCCCCUCCCUCCUAUACCCAAGCUCCUCCCCCAGUGUCUGGUGCCCCAUCCCAGCCUCCCCCUCCCAGUGAGCCUGCAGCCCCCCAACCUUACUAUGAUGGCCCUCCUCCCUCUCAACAACAACACUUCCCCUCCUCUCCAUACUCGGGUCCUCCCCCUUCCAGCCAACCAUGGGCCCCUGCAGACUCUCGACAACAGUCCUUCCCACCUGGCCCCCCUACCCCUGCUCAGCAAACCUUCCCCAACUCUGCUCCUCCUCCAGUCUCCCAGGCCUCGUACUCUGGCCCCCCUCCCUCCUCCCAACCUGGCCCUUUCCCACCUACCUUUGCACCCCCUGCCCAGUACCCUGCCCCCCAGCCCCCGUCCCAACCCGGGCCACCUCCCUUCCACUCUGGCCCCCCUCCCCAAUGUCCAAUGCCACCCCCUUCCAUGUCCCAGCAGCAGGCCAACCACCUUCCCCCCGGCCCCAUGCAGCAGCCUCCUCAGCCUGGCAUGCAGGGAGGAUACCCACCCCAGCAGAAUGGUGCAUUUGGGCAGCCCAGAGGUCCCCAGCCCGGCUAUGCAGGCCCGCAGUAUCCUGGGCAACAGAACUACGGAGCAGGCCCUGCCCCCACCACUGCACCCACACAGAAGAGACUGGACCCUGACUCUAUCCCCAGCCCGCAAGUGUCUGAGCUGCCGGCUGUGCAGAAAUUCAGACAUAGAAUAGACCCAGAUGCUAUCCCCAGUCCAAUCCAGGUGAUUGAGGACGACCGGGCCAACAAGAGCAGUGAGCCGUUCACCACGGGGGUCAAAGGUCAGACUCCGCCCCUUGUCACCACCAACUUCCAGGUGAAAGACCAGGGCAACGCCAGCCCGCGCUUCAUCCGCUGUACAGCCUACAACAUACCCUGCACGGCCGACAUGGCCAAACAGUCCCAGGUCCCCCUGGCAGCCGUAAUCAAACCUCUAGCCAUGUUGCCCCCUGACGAGACCCGUCCGUACAUCGUGGACCAUGGGGAGGCCGGUCCUAUCCGCUGUAACCGCUGCAAGGCCUAUAUGUGUCCCUACAUGCAGUUCAUCGAGGGCGGACGCCGAUUCCAGUGUGGCUUCUGCAGCUGCGUCACAGACGUGCCUCCCCACUACUUUCAGCAUCUGGACCACACAGGGAAGAGGGUGGACUGCUGCGACCGGCCAGAGCUCUCGCUGGGCAGCUACGAGUUUGUGGCAACCGUCGACUACUGCAAGAACAAUAAGCUCCCCCAGCCCCCGUCGUUCAUCUUUUUCAUCGAUGUGUCUUACAACGCCGUGAAGAGUGGCAUGGUUAACAUCGUCUGUCAGGAGCUCAAGACUCUACUGGACUACCUGCCCAGGGAGAAUCCAGAGGUAGACUCGGUGGUGCGUGUGGGUUUUGUGACCUACAACAAGGUGCUGCACUUCUACAACGUCAAGUCCAGCCUGGCCCAGCCCCAGAUGAUGGUCGUCAGUGACGUCAGUGACAUGUUCCUCCCUCUGCUCGACGGCUUCCUGGUCAACGUCAACGACAGCCGGAUGGUCAUCGAGAGUUUGCUAGACCAGAUUCCGGAGAUGUUUGCAGACACCAGGGAGACUGAGACGGUGUUUGGACCAGUCAUCCAGGCAGGACUGGAGGCACUGAAGGCUGCAGACUGUGCCGGGAAGCUGUUUUUGUUCCACUCCAGUCUGCCCAUCGCUGAGGCUCCUGGGAAACUGAAGAACAGAGAGGACAAGAAACUGGUGGGAACAGACAAGGAGAAGUCUCUGUUCCAGCCCCAGUCUGGUUUCUAUAGUAACCUGUCUAAGGAGUGUGUAGCACAGGGCUGCUGUGUGGACCUCUUCCUGUUCCCCAACCAGUACGUCGACGUGGCAACGCUCGGCGUGGUGCCCGUCUCCACUGGCGGCUCAGUCUACAAAUACACUUACUUCCAGGCUGAGAUGGACCGCGAGCGGUUCCUGAAUGACCUGCGGCGAGACGUUCAGAAGCCGAUGGGCUUUGACGCUGUCAUGAGGGUCCGAACGAGCACAGGUAUCAGAGCGACAGAUUUCUUCGGCUCGUUCUUCAUGAGUAACACGACAGACGUGGAGCUGGCAGGGCUGGACUGUGACAAGACUGUUACCGUGGAAUUCCGCCAUGACGACAAGCUCAGCGAGGACACGGGGGCACUCAUGCAGUGUGCGGUGUUGUACACCAGCUGUAGUGGUCAGCGGCGUCUGAGGGUCCACAACAUGGCGGUCAACUGCUGCUCCCAGCUCGCCGACCUCUACCGGAACUGUGAGACAGACACAAUCAUCAACUUCUUCUCCAAGUAUGCGUACCGCAGCCUAUUGAACACCCCCACCAAGACGGUGAGAGACACCUUGGUGAACCAGUGUGCCCAGAUUCUGGCCUGCUACCGCAAGAACUGUGCCAGCCCCUCGUCUGCCGGACAGGUCAGUCACUCACACAGCCCCCCUCUUGGACAGCUGAUCCUACCAGAGUGUAUGAAGCUGCUGCCGGUCUAUUUGAACUGUGUGUUGAAGAGCGACGUGCUGCAACCGGGAGCUGACGUCUCAGUAGACGACAGAGCCUACCUGAGACAGCUGCUCAGCUGUAUGGACGUAUCAGAGAGCCACGUCUUCUUCUAUCCCCGCCUCCUUCCCCUGGUUAAGUUGGAUGGAGGGUCGUUGCCAAUGGCAGUGCGUAACUCGGAGGAGCGCCUGUCAAAGGGUGGAGUCUACCUCCUGGAGACAGGGCUCUACCUCUUCCUGUGGGUGGGAGCCAAUGCCCAGCAGGAGCUGCUCAGCAACAUCUUCGGCACUCCCACCUUCAGCCAGAUAGACCCCAACAUGACGAGUCUGCCAGAGCUGGACAACCCGUUCUCCCAGAGACUCAGAGAGAUAAUCGUCUCCUUCAGAUCACAACGAUCACGAUACAUGAAGUUGAUGGUGGUGAAGCAGGAGGACAAGGCGGAGCUAAUCUUUAAACACUUCCUGUGUGAGGACAAAAGCGCCAGCGGAGGAGCUUCCUACGUCGACUUCCUGUGUCACAUGCACAAGGAAAUCCGCCAGCUGCUCAGCUAGGACCCUUGACCUCUGAUUCUUCAACCCUGACCCUGUCGCCCCUCAGAAGCGCUUUCUUUUAUUUACCUAAUAAACUGAACCCCUCUCCCUCUGUCAGCGAGAGGCCAGAGACAUUUACACAGCCUCAUGGCAGAUUCCAUGUGUCAUCAUAUGACUCUAAACUAUUCCAAACGUCAAGCUCUAAAAUAACUGAAGCUAAUCCACUGGCCAACGGAGGAGGUAGAGAGUGUGUGUGUGUUUGUGUGUGUGAGGGAGAGCACUGCUGUUGAUUUGUACUAGGUGUUCUGUCUAGCACUGAAGCCCGUUGUAGCUGUACCCCCUCCCCCCCCCCGGCCCGUGGUAGAAACACCCAGUAGAACUAAGGAAGAUGACACAAACUAGACAGAAAUAAAUGCUGUUUUCCAUCUCUAUAAUAAUUUUUCUAUUUGUCUUUAUUCUCCCUCCUGUAUAUUGUGUGUGUGCUCCUCUGUGACUUUUAGAAACACUACUAAGGCAAUAGGAGAGAGGGCAGGAGUAUAUAGAGAUACACUGUGGUGAUAGAGGUUCAUCUACCAAUUGAAAUGUCUAUGCAUUGAAUCAUCCAGACAGAUGAGGGGUUUGAACUUUCACCUCUGACACCCUCACAGGGUCAACCAGCGUUGGGUCCCACUUUGACUCGCACAGGCACACAGUACAGACGAUUUGGUGGAGGUGUGUGUGUGUCAUGUUGUCUUUACUAACGUGUGCAUCUGAUAAGAGACCAUUCUGACACAAUGAUUCCUGUUCCCUGUGUGUCUUCCUGGCUGUAUUUGUCCUAUCUGUGAAGGGAGGGAGUUACUGGCGGUGCUUCUCAAUAUUGAGGUCAGUCAGAGAAUAACGGAGUCAUGUUCAGGAGGUACGAGACUGGAGAAACUAUUUGAAACAAGGAAGUACGUUAUUUAAAUUUUUUCCCGUAGCAGAAUGUUUUGCUAUGUUGUCCCUUGCUGAACACGACCCUAUGCUCCAAAUACAGCUGUGUCUCUGAGUUGUCACCCUCAGGACUGUCUGCUGUAGCACCUCAGUUCAGAUUUACAUAUAUAUAUAACCUGCGUAUAUAACCUGUACAGAAUUAAAUCCUCCAUUUUAAA